UUACGUCUAACUGAUGAAGAAAAAGAACUAUUAGCCAGGGAGAACAUCAGCCUACCAACCAAUAUGCCAUUAACAAAAGAUGAAGAGAAGAAAUUACGAACAGUUCGACGUAAAAUCAGAAAUAAAGUCUCAGCUAAAGAAAGUCGAAAACGUAAAGUGGAAUAUGUAGAUGGAUUAGAACAUAGAGUUAAAUUAUGUACAACAGAAAACUCACAGCUACAGAAGAAAAUUGAAAAUUUGGAAAAACAAAACAUGAGUAUGAUGGCCCAGUUAAAGAAAUUACAAGCUCUUGUUACAUCAAAAUCAAAACCA